AUGGGUACCAUGUACUGCUCGUUGCCAAUUAGUUUAACCAAUCUCACUUUGGAAAUGGAUCAUAUUCCAUCACCAACCUACUUUCAACCACUCACCCAGUUGGUAGAUCUCAAACUUAUGAAGUUUAGAAAAAGCGAUCCCAGUCUAUAUCUCGACAGUCUCACAGCUCUAAAGUCACUAAAAUAUUAUUUUUAUGUAGUUCCAAUUGACCCUUCCAUGAUCCGUCUACCACCCAACCUUUUGGAAUACACCCAUAUUCAUCAACCCAUUUCCAGCCUAAAAACUGAAUUCUUUCCACCAACAUUGACAUCAUUGGAUAUGACAUUUUCAGAUAUUGAUUAUACCAAUGUUUCUCUAAAGACUCGUCUAAAACAUUUGAAAUUUCUUACAAUACAUACCAAUUCAGACCUACCAAUGGAGUUUAUACCAGACAGUGUCAAGACACUUAAAAUCUAUUCAAUUAAUGGACAAAAUUUAAUCAAAGGUAUGAUUCCAGAUAGAGUCGAGUCUCUCUCGUUGGAAAAUAUCAAGACAAGAUUCCAACAUCUACCAAACUCUAUUAAAAAACUGGUACUCAAGGAUGACCCCAAUGUUAUCUUGUAUGAUAAUAAUCCAAUCACACUUCCAAACAAUUUACAAGAGUUUUCUUUAAUUCCUGGCCCCUAUCAAAAUGUAUUUCCUCACGAUAUUGAAUUUAUCUACCCUCCUACAUUAAAAGUACUAGAAUAUGGUAGAGUCUUUUUCACUGCUGCCAUCAAGCCAUUCAUCAAACAACCCAUUCCAUCAUCAGUCAAUGAAUUCAAGUAUAUUGCUUCUACAUGGACUUCCACGUUCAACAAUGCAAUAGUUCAUUCGAUUGUUGAAGAUGAAGGUUUUAUAUUCCCAUCAACCAUUACAAAACUACCUGUAAAAAUUCAACCUGGAACAGCCUUUGAAUUUUUGAUUUUUAGAAUGGAUUAUUUAAUCAACCAAACCAAUAUAGACCAACUCAUCAUUGAUUAUACCGCUUCCCAUUUCCAAAUUGAUAUUCGUAGACUUGACCAAGAAAACAAUAAUGUAUUGAUUGUUGGUAAAUCACUUUUUGGUGGAAUCAUUCAUCAACAACAAAUUGAUCAACAAGAAUUGUUGCAAGGUCUAGACAUCAAUUCCCACCAUAGACAACAAAUUUAUCUUUAUUUCGAGCCCUCAAUGUCUCAUUGUAGUAUUCCAACUCUUAAAUUCAAUCUUCCUUCCCCCCCCCCCUAA